GCUUAUUCACAUGGAGACUGUUAUAAACAUAUUAUAUUUCCACAACAAAAUGAAAUGUUUUUUGUUUAAUACAGGUGUCAGCAAUUGAAUAGUUUAAAGGUACAUUUGACAACUUCCAGAUUUUUGUUUUUUUUAUUGCGUGCCCGAUUUGAAAGCCAACUGACAUUUAUGGCUAGCAAGCUAGCACAGCCAACACAACGUCAACGUAUCUGAAUGAAUGUAGCAUUAGCUGCUACUUUAGCGUUGCUAAUUUACGUUACGUUGGUGGUGACUAGAGGAACCCUACAGCGGAUACAAGUUAGACAAACGAGUCACACGAAGCCCCUCAAGCCUUGUUGGGAAAAUGUAUUUUUAUUUAUAUAACUAGCAGUGUUUCUAGUUGGUGUAUUUCUAUGCUACACGUCCUUCCUCGGCGCCGUGUUUUGAGUUGGACCUGUUAGCAUUUUGCUAACUCCGCAAUGGACCAUGUCUCCGGCUUUUGCCCGUCGAUCUCUUCCGAAGAAAACGGAGAAGCCAACGGGGACAACUCGUCGGCGGACGACGAACUCGUGGACGCGUUCGGCGACCUGGCUGCCCUCCCGGUCGAGGUCGGCGAGAGAAGACCGACUUGUUUACGGUGCCGUCGCCCUCAGAAGGUGUGUCUCUGUCCUUUUCUACCAACACAACCCCUGGACGUCUCCACGUGUCUGUACGUGGUGCAGCAUCCCGCAGAGGAGAGCCGGGUUCUCCGCACGGUGCCGCUGCUCGCUGCUUGUCUGCCACCCGGAAAAUGCAACGUCAUCGUGGGCAGGAGAUUCAAUGAGGAAAAGCACCCGGAGCUGGCAGCGGUGUGUCGGGACAGCAGGACGCUGAUCCUGUACCCGGGUCCCUUGUCCCAGAACCUGGAGGAGUUGGUGCAGUACCAGGAAGUGGGAACGGCCAAGAACAAUGUGAUCAUCAUAGACGGCACCUGGAGUCAGGCCAAAAACAUGUUCCUCAAAAACAGCCUGUUCCACCUGCCCAAACAGGUGCAGCUAAACCGGAAUCUUUCCAGUCAGUACGUGAUCCGCACACAGCCCUCCAACAUCUGCCUGUCCACGCUGGAGUGCGCCGCCGUGGCUUUAUCCAUCCUGGAGCACAACGACAACAUCCAGGAGGUCCUGCUGAGGCCCCUGAAAGCCCUGUGCUCCUUCCAGCUGCAGCACGGCGCCCAGGUCCACCACAGCAAGGAGCACCUGCUGAAGAACGGCAUGUACGACAAGCCCAUGCCCAAGAACAAGCGCAAGAUCAAGAGGAUGGAGAAGCUGGUCACCGACCACAACGUCUGCCCGAGAUGAGGCAGCGAGGGGGGGGGGUCAUCUGAGCAGGACUGUAUCAUCAGGGCACUCCGAAAACCACUGGAACCUUU